AUGGCCGAGUCCAUUACCGAUUUCUAUGGUCUACCAGCCGAAGUUCGGUGUCAGAUUUGGGAACUAGCCCUCACAGCAGACUGGUCAGUCAGCGGCUUUCAACUUGUCAAGAAAGGCAUAAGAAUUGCAGGGGAAACCUAUCACCGGCGCGUGGGCAAAAUCUGCCGCGAUGCUCAACAACUCAUGCGUUACAGACUUAUGGAAAUCGAAGGCCUUGGAUGGUUUCAACUGAGCCAGCAUUUAUUCUUCUUUCGAGACAUCGAGGCAAACGGCAAAUUGAUUUCAUACGUCGCAGAUCAUUACGACCUACUUCCUCAAAUCCAGCAUAUUUGCAUAAAUCCGCGCGGCGAACGUUAUUUCUUCAAAACGCUCGUUUUUGUGGCAACCAGAUGUGACUCGUUGCGUACAAUAGUGAUUGUUGCGCCGUGGGUCUUUCCACCUGGAAUUGAUUUCCAGGAUCCUGCCGCGCAUUGGAUAACGGAUUGGAUAAGUUAUAAUGCGGAAUGGACACAGAAGUGGUUUCGGAGUUGGCCGCGAGCAUCUUCUCUGUCACUAACAGAGUUUGGCUGA